AUGACGACUAUCGCAGACAUCCCAGCCGUGACGGCCACGCAUCUCCCCACUCCCACAUCCACACCCAUCGAUCUUGGAUCGGGCGAAUUAUCGCUGACCGUCUUGCCCCCGAACCCUCCGACUCAACCUCUUCAGGUCCUCACUUUGACUGUCGGUUCUCUUAGCUGGCCGUUGCUUCCAAAUACCCCGGUCAGAAAGAUUCAGGCGCUCAAGGAACAUGCUGUGUACACUUUCAGUCCCGCUCCGGCUGACGGAGGAGCGGCUUUGGGCGAGGUCAGGCUGAACAUGAAGAGCAGCGCCUCACAGGGCGAAUGGGAGGCCACAGAAGCCCUCUGUGCCAAAUUUGAAGAUGCACUGAAAACCAAGAAAGUCUGGGACGAGCGGGUCCUGUUUGUAAACGACGAGUACGAGAUGGCCGGCAAGACUCAGAAAGGAUGGGGAGAGACUAUCGCAUCGGCUGUCAUCGGAGCGAGUAAGACGGCGACCGAGAGAUUGACAGCGUACACGGACAAGCACGUCGCGGCAACCAAUCCUUCGCACCCUGCUCCUCCUUCCCAGGCUGUAGCGGAAGCCGCUCGAAAUGCCAACCUCAAGACACAGACCUGGGCUGAAAAGGCAGAGGUCGGAGCUCUCAAAGUUGGAAAUUCAAUCCACGAGGGAGGCAAGAAGCUCGGAUCCCACCUGCCCGACUCUAUCGCCCAAGCUGCGAAACCUGUCCCUGAUAAUGAAAAGACCGAAUUCAGACAUCAGGCUGAAUCAGCUUGGGAACAGGCUCAGAUCGCCGCGCAAGGUAUCGCUAGCGCGGCUGCUGGCCUCGCCACGAGCGUCAGCGAGAAUGCCCAUCGAGCUGUUGAUCACAACUAUGGAAAAGAGGCGGACAGUGUUGCCCAUGACAUUGGUCAGACUGGCGCAAACCUAGGAGCUACUGGCUUCCAAGCUCACAAAGCGACUAGCGUCAUUAUUCAAGGUGCCAAUUUGACGACAGGUAUCAACGAGACCAGCUCUGUGGGAGCGACAUCCGGAGCUGAUGACAUUAAGAAGUAA